UCCGCGGCUGGGAGCCGUUUGAGAGGCGCUGGAGCGGGCACCGCGACUGGGGCGCUUCCCCAGCUUCCCGGGGGCAGGAGGAGCGGACCCAGGCUGCCGGCACCAUGGAGAUCGUGUACGUGUACGUCAAGAAGCGAAGCGAGUUCGGGAAGCAUUGCAACUUCUCGGACCGCCAGGCAGAGCUGCACAUCGACAUCCCGCCCAACCCCGAGCUGGCGGAGCAGUUCAUGGAGCGGAACCCCGUGGACACGGGCAUCCAGUGCUCCACCAGCAUGUCGGAGCACGAGGCCAACACAGAGCGAUUCGAGAUGGAGACGCGGGGUGUCAACCACGUGGAGGGGGGUUGGCCCAAGGAUGUGAACCCCCUGGAGCUGGAGCAGACCAUCCGCUUCCGGAAGAAGGUGGAGAAAGACGAGAACUACAUCAACACCAUCAUGCAGCUGGGCUUGAUCAUGGAGCACUGCGUGAAGCAGAACAACGCCAUUGACAUCUACCAGGAGUAUUUCGAUGACGAGGACGCAGUGGAAGUGACGGAAGAGGCCCCUUCCGCUAAGACCAUCAAUGUUUUCAGGGACCCCCAGGAGAUCAAGCGGUCGGCCACACACCUGUCUUGGCACCCGGACGGCAACAGGAAGCUGGCGGUGGCAUAUUCUUGCUUGAAUUUUCAACGGGCACCUGAGGACAUGAGCCACGACUCGUACAUCUGGGACCUGGAAAGCCCCAACAGGCCCGAGACUGUCCUGAAGCCGUCCUCGCCUCUCGUCACCUUGGAGUACAACCCCAAGGACUCGCACGUGCUGCUGGGAGGCUGCUACAACGGGCAGAUCGCCUGUUGGGACACCCGGAAGGGCAGCCUGGUGGCCGAGCUGUCCACCAUUGAGUUCAGCCACCGAGACCCCGUGUACGGCACCAUCUGGCUGCAGUCGAAGACGGGCACUGAGUGUUUCUCGGCAUCCACAGACGGGCAGGUCAUGUGGUGGGACAUACGCAAGCUGAGCGAGCCCACUGAGGUGGUGAUCAUGGACAUCACCAGGAAGGAGCAGCUGCAAAAUGCGUUGGGGGCCAUCUCCCUGGAGUUCGAGUCCACCUUGCCGACCAAGUUCAUGGUGGGCACGGAGCAAGGCAUCGUCAUCUCCUGCAACCGCAAGGCCAAGACGCAGGCCGAGAAGAUCGUGUGCACCUUCCCUGGCCACCACGGCCCCGUCUAUGCCCUCCAGAGGAACCCCUUCUACCCCAAGAACUUCCUGACCGUGGGCGACUGGACCGCCCGCAUCUGGUCGGAGGAGAGCCGGGAGUCGUCCAUCAUGUGGACCAAGUAUCACAUGGCGUACCUCAGCGAUGGCGCCUGGAGCCCGGUUAGGCCGGCGGUGUUCUUCACCACCAAGAUGGACGGGACCCUGGACAUCUGGGACUUCGUGUUCAAGCAGUGUGACCCCGCCCUCAGCCUGAAGGUGUGCGACGAGGCCCUCUUCUGCCUCCGGGUGCAGGACAACGGGGGUUUCAUCGCCUGUGGCUCCCAGCUGGGGACGACCACGCUGCUGGAGGUCUCGCCGGGGCUGUGCAACCUCCAGAGGAACGAGAAGAACACGGCUUCUUCUAUAUUUGAGCGGGAGACCCGGCGGGAGAAGAUCCUGGAGGCCAGGCACCGGGAGAUGCGGCUGAAGGAGAAAGGCAAGGCGGAGGGCAGGGAGGAGGAGCCACGGGAGGAGGAGGUCUCCAUCAACCUGGAGGAGCUGGUCGCCAAGGCCGAGGAGGAGUUCUUCAAUGUCAUCUAUUCGGAGAUGAAGAGGAAGGAGACGGAAGCCUUGAAGAAGCCCACAGAACAGAAACAAAGUCCGGAGGAGGCUGAGGAGCCGGAGGCUGAGGUCCAGGGCCAGGGCGAGGACGAGGAAGAGGAAGAGGAGGAGAAAGAAGACGGCCCUGAAGAGACGCCAAACUAAAAGGGCCUUCCUGGCCAUCGCGUUCCUUCACAAGCUCCUCACGGCCCAGGUGGGGCCUUAGACGGACCUGUGGCUGGGGGCCUCCUCUCUGACCCGCCCCACCCACGCCGCAUACAACCUGGGGCGAAGGAGUUCCACUCUGCAAGGCCUCCCGAGUGCGAGCCCGGGCCCCGGCGUGCUACCUCCAGGAGGGUCGGAGCAGAGCAGAUCAGCGCGGUUCUUCUUGGGCUC